AUGAUGAUGCAUCACGAUCCUAUUGUGAGAAUAUCGGAUUGUUCAUCCAAUUCCUCUGAGUCUCAGAGGCAACAACAAAAUUAUUGCAGCAACAACGUUCCAAUGACUAUAACUUUGAAAAGCUUUCUCAACGAUCUGGAAACAUGCUUCAAAAACGGGCAAGGAAAAGUAAAUCCUGAAGAAGUCAAGAGCAUAUUCAGAAAAUACAGCAAUGAAAUGGAUAUCAAUGAUUUUGAACCCUAUUGUUAUGCCGAUUCUACUUCAACAUACACGAGAAAUUUGGUCAUGAACAAUCCAUACUUUUCUCUCAUUGUUCUGGUUUGGAAUCCGCAACAACACUCAUGCAUUCAUGCUCAUGGAGGUUCGCAAUGUUGGUUCAGAGUAUUGAGAGGACAAGUAAAGGAGUGUAGAUGGCUUGUUAACCCAAAGCAAGAUACGUCAUUGUCGCCUGUGAACCCAACCAAAGAAUUUAUUGCAAAUUUGGGAACCAUUGGUUAUAUUGAUGAUAGCAAUGGUGUUCAUUGUAUUGUGAAUAUGGCUGACGAGAUUUCUGUAUCGUUGCAUUGCUAUGCACCUCCCUAUCAAGAGUGUGCAUGCUACUCUGAUGACACUGGUGAAAUUUUCAAUGGAAAGGUCAUGUUUGACUCUGUUGGAGGACAGGUUUUGCACUCUCAUGACACCAUGUACAACUUUCUACGAAAGGAAAAGGAAGAAGCUGCUCAAAAACAGCUCUAA